CAUUCAACUUACCGAAAAAGUGAUUGCCCUCUCUCUGGCCGUCUCCCUAACAAGUCACCAACACGAAAAACACACAGCUUGGCGCUCGCACACAACAAAACCCUAUUUCCCCUUUCUUCUUCACACAUUUGACAUACCACAUACACCUCUCUCUCUGUUUCAUUCCAACCCAUUCGCUAUCUUGUUUCCUCCUAGUGCACAACUAAAUUCCCAACGUAUUCAAACGUCAUCGUUUCACUUCCACGAUCAAAUCACUGCCUAGGGCUAGUUCCGUCCUCGUCUCGCUCCCUCUCUUAUAUCGCUCUCUAAAUGGCUUUGUAACCCUAAUUUGCAGGAAGCAUUUCCCUAUCUGCAUCAAUCACAUGCGUGCGUAAUUGCUCUAGGGUUUUUCUGUGUUGCGCACUGAAUUCAUCUUUUCUCCCUACGGGUUCCUAUUUUAUUCUUUGUCUGCUUCCCCUCUUCUAUUCUGGGUGCUGUUUUAUUCCAUUCCUAGAGGUCUGCCAUUUUUGCCAAUAGUUGUUUUUCUUUUUUUUUUCCUUAAAUCUAUUUUCUCACCCUCUUCCUGAUGGAGAGGUGAGAGUUCUCUUUGAUUACUUUAUAGUUCUUUUAUUCAUCUUUGGUCCAAAGAUGAUACUGGAGUGUCUGAGAGGAAGUUCUUCCUUCCCAAACACUGACUUGUGUUUCAAGUCAUGGGGGUUGUUGUCUGCUUGAUUGGGUGAAAGAAGAGAAACUGGUAUCUUUUUGUGGUUAUAUUUUUGAAGGACACUUAAGUUUAUCUGGUUUCAGCUUUUGAGAGAAGUUACAUCCUUGAUUUUUUUUAUCAAUAUUAAAAGUAAUAGGUUUGUUAGUUGGGAAGGGUGGAGUUAUUACUUUUUGGGGUUGUAACUUGGCUGAAGAUAAGUUCUGGUGUUAAUCAGCUGCCGCAAGAUACUGUCAUGUGGAAGUGCUGCGAUUGUUGGUUGGUAUAUUUUGUGCGUAGGCACUUUAUCACUGAGUCGCAUUGAGAAGGAACACUAGCGGUUCAGCGUAGAUUAAGUAGUUUUUGGCAUACAAGUAUACAAUUGCACUGAUCAAGGUAGAGUUGUUGAAGAGGUUCACCUGCUUUUCUUGUUAAUUCUGAUCAUGGUCAGUGUUAGUUAUGGAAAGAAGUGAACCUGCAUUAGUUCCAGAAUGGUUGAGAGGUGCUGGAAAUGUUGCUGGGGCUGGCAAUUCAGCCCAACAGUUUGCAUCCCCAUCUAAUCAUGCAGAUACUCCGACUCUAGCCGAUAGAUCAAGGAACAGAUCUUCUAAGACAAAUGGUGAUUUUGAUAGCACACGUUCUAUAUCUUUUGAACGGACUGCCUCAUCAAAUUCUCGUAGGAGUUCCAUCAAUGGUUCUGCUAAGCAUGCCUACAGUAGUUUCAAUAGAAGUCAUCGUGACAAGGACCGUGAUAGAGAGAAAGAUAGAUCCAGUUUUAGUGACCAGUGGGAUCGUGGUAGUUCUGAAAGGAUAGAGAGGGAGACAUUGCAACGUUCUCAUUCAAUGCUUUCCAGGAAACAGAGUGAGACUUUAAUUCGCAGAGUUGUUGUAAAUACAAAAUCUGGUGGCAGUAGCAAUCAGAACAAUGGGAAUGACAUACUUUCUGGUGGUAGUAUUAGUAGUGUUCAGAAAGCUUUCUUUGACAAGGAUUUUCCAUCACUUGGGGCUGAGGAGAAGCAGGGUAUAGCUGAAAUAGGAAGAGUUCCAUCUCCUGGUUUGGGUUCUGCUGCUAGUCAAAGCCUACCGGUUGGUAAUUCAGCUUUGAUACGUGGGGAAGGAUGGACAUCUGCACUAGCAGAGGUACCUACCAUAAUUGGAAGCAGUAGUCCAGGAUUUGUAAUGGUGCAACAAAAUGCAACUGCAGCUUCUGGGUCUGUAGCUUCAAGCACAACAGCUGGUCUUAAUAUGGCUGAAGCAUUGGCCCAGACUCCGUCCCAAGCUCGUUCUGCACCUCAGGUGUUGGUCAAAAUCCAAAGGCUUGAGGAACUGGCUAUUAAGCAGUCAAGGCAAUUGAUUCCAGUAACACCAUCAAUGCCUAAAGCUUUGGUUCCUAAUUCUUCUGAGAAAUCAAAGCCAAAAGCAGCAGUCAGAAGUACUGAGAUGAGUGUUUCUGCAAAGAGUUUGCCCCAGCAGCCCUCUGGGUUGCACAGUACUAGUCAGUCUGUUCGAAAUGUAAAUACCAAAGUUGAAGCUCCGAAGACAUGUGGAAAAUUUACUGAUCUUAAAUCCGUGGUGUGGGAGAAUGGUGUUUCUCCUACCUUCUCCAAGGAGGUUUCAAAUUUGACAAAUUCUUCCAUCGGCAAAUCAGGAAGUCAACAUACUGUUGCUUCAGCGGUUGCUUCUACCCCUUCGAAGAACACCAAUUACAUGAAAUCUCCCACAGUGCAAAAGCCAUCUUUGGAUCUGAAAAUAGGUUCCACAGUGGAGAAGAGACAUUCUCAUUCACAUUCGCAGAGUCGAAACGAUUUCUUCAAUCUCAUUAAAAAGAAAACACUGAUGAACUCCUCUACAGUUGUUCCAGAUUCUAUCCCGGUGGUUUCAUCUCCUAUAUCAGAGAAAUCUGGUGAAUUAAAUGGAGUAGUAGUUAAACCUUCUGUAUAUCCUCAAUCCACUGGAAAUGGUCCUCAAGUGACAAGCAAUGGCAAUGCUCAUGCCUAUGAAGAGUCACAGAGACUUUCUGAUAGUGAAGAAAAAGAUUCUAUUCCCAGUGCGACAAUAUCUCCUGAUGAGGAAGAGGCUGCAUUCCUUCGUUCUCUUGGCUGGGAGGAGAAUUCAGAUGAGGAUGAAGGGCUUACGGAGGAGGAGAUCAAUGCCUUCUAUCAGGAGGUGUGCAAGAAGUUGGGCCCCACAACAUUCAAGCUCUGCCAAGGGAUGCAACCAAACCUGUCCAAGUUGUUUGAAUCCUAUGCAUCCAACUUGCAUGGAGCUUCUGCUGAGUUGAGCUCCUCUAAUUCUGGAUCGGAAGCUUGAAGUAAUGUUUUUCUUCCUUUUGAUCAUAGUUAGAUCCAAGUUUCGAUUUUUUAUUGGCAGAUGGCUAGUUUCAUUCUAUCCAUUUGUUCUGAAAGAAGGCUGGUGAUUUGGUAGUGGAACAACAGGGAGGGUGGGUUUUGAUUGGAACCCUGCAUUUUUUUUUUGGGGUGGGGGGUGGUUUAGAAGUUAUAGCUUAUAAGGUUGGUAGAGUAGGUUUUUUUUAAUUAAUCUGCAGCGGAAGGUGCUGACCUGCACGGCAAUUGCAUCUUUUUGGGUAUGAUCCAAUUUUUUUUUUCUUUUUUUCUUUUUUUCAAGAGGGUUUGUUUACACAUGAUGAAGUUUAUGAUGUCUUUUUUUGGUUAGUUUUGCCAAAAGAAAAAAUAGGAGAUUUAAAGUAUCUUGAAUUUUUGAAUGUUGAUGUUAUGAUUAUUCCUAGCAAUCAAUAAUCCCAUAAAUGGAAAUUGAGAUA